UGAGUAUUCAAAAACUAAAUAUAAAUAAAGUUUGGAAGGUCAAGGCAGGGGCUUAGGUAUGAGCACCCAAAGAACAGCAAACAUCGAGUAGAGCUCGAAAACACCUGUGAGAGCGUUUUCCAGUUGAGCCCAGACUACAGGCGGGGAAUGUCUUUGGCCUGGAUCAUUCUGAUCGGUCUUCUGAUCCCUGAGAGGAACACCACUGGAGGAGCCCUUGCGAACGCAUCCCCGCACAUUCGAUUACGUAGCACGCACCUUCCGGCGAUCAAGGUACGACACGUAGCCCAUCGAACAUCACGACGGAUUGUGCGCAUUACCAGUUCGGACAAAAGAGCUCUAAGGCCCCAGAAGAUUCAGCAUGUUGGAGAUUUUAAUGACUCUAUCUCGACAUCGGAUAGGUGGGAACACAACGUGUGGCAGGUACUGAGGGUCGACGGAAAAACCAACCUCUACAUACUGUUCUUUACCAUAUACGUUAGCUACCUGGUGUAUGUUUUAUUCUAAGACGGUGUUUGGUUCAAUAAAAAGU